AUGACUCAGCAGAUUUCCGAGCCCCAUCUCCCCGCGACCCGGAAGUGCUCCAGUGUUUCGUCGGCCUCUCCUCCAAGUGCCGCACGGAGACUUUACCGGAAUCUCUCUGGAAAAUUCCGUGUGGGAAACCCAGGAAUGGAGGACACAGUGGUUUCUGGAAGAGGGGAUAAGGAACGCCCCCGUAAAAAUACGAUGGUGCGUUUUCAGAGUAAUGAGGCGUUGUUUGAAGCAGUGGAACACCAGGAUUUGGAGGUGGUGCAGACCAUGCUGUCGGAGUUCAGUCUUGAGGAGUUGGAUUUGAACACUCCCAACAGUGAAGGACUUUUACCACUGGAUAUUGCAAUUAUGACCAACAAUGUACCCAUGGCUAAACUGCUGCUCCGGGCUGGAGCCAAAGAGAGCCCGCACUUUUUAAGUCUUGAAGGACGGGCUGUUCACCUGGCAACACUGGUUCAGGAGGCAGAGCAUCGGGUGUCUGAGCUGGUUGCCCAGGUGACAGGGGAGGAGCCAAGCGAGAGGGAGGGGUCAGAAAGAGAGAGACAGCUGAAGGCCUGGGAGUGGCGGCUGCGCCUUUAUAAACGCAUGCAGACGGGAUAUCAGCAUGCCAGUCCCCCUGACCCCCCCACCAGUGUGCGUCUGUCUGUGAGCAGUAAUUCCAGUCUCAGAGUUAACUUCCAGGAGCCACUCAGUGUCAACUCCGCCGUGGUGACUAAAUACAAAGUGGGUUGGAGUUCUGUUCCCUCCUUGAGUCCGUUGUUGGGUGAGAUGCUGGUUGAGGACACCACUCGUCUGCGGUGUGACAUCACGGGUCUCACUGCUGGCACUCAUUACUAUGUCCAGGUGUCAGCAUAUAACAUGAAAGGAUGGAGUUCAGCACAGAUAUCUGUCCCCUCAUGUGCAUCACCGUCCAAUUGGCGUGAAGUGGACGGGCGAGCCUCGCGUCAGACGGGCCUGAAGGAGGCGCUAGACCAACUCCUCAUUCAGAUUAAAGAUGCACACAGACACUGCGCGUGCCACGACCAGGGUAAGGCCCCGCCCCACGUCAGAAAGCACUCAGUCUCCAAGAGCCUUCGACACCUCUUCCAACCAACCAGCAAAUUCGUCAAAAACCUGAAAAGGGGCCUGUAUCUGACGGCUGUGCUGUAUAGAGAUGACAGUGUCCUGGUCACACCAGAGGAACAGCUGCCCAUCGUGGAGGUGGACGACUCUUACAGCUCUCUUACUCAAGACUUCCUCUGGUUUACCAAGGUGUCUUAUUUGUGGGAGGAGAUUUCAUGGUUACAGCAGUGUAUAAGCCCCGCCCAGUCCUCCUGUUCCUGUACACUUCAGACACGCCUCAAAUUACUACAAGCUGUAGCCCAGCUGCAGGGUAUGCUGGGAACUCAGGAUUUGGGCCAGGUGUAUUUUGAGCCAAUCAGGGACAAGCAUGGGAACGCCCUGCUGGUUUUGUUGCGGGACAUGAGUGCGUGUGCAGGUCUGGAGGGAGUACGCUGGGCCCCACUCUGCAAACUUCAGCUUCAGAGAAAAUCCAUCUCUUCACCAGACGAACCCACGGCUCUGGAUACACUGCUCAUCACGCUACAUGAGAAGCUGGCGUAUCACAGACGCAGUAGGAAGCUGCUUGCUCCGGGGCUGUAUCUGGGUUAUCUGAAACUGUGUAGCUCUGUGGAGCAGAUCAGAGUCCUGGUGCCACAAAAACUCCCCAAUGUUCUCUGUCAUGUCAAAAUCCGAGACAACCAUAACAUCUCCAGGGAGGAAUGGCAGUGGCUGCAGGCCCUCAGGUCUCUGGAUGAAACUGAAGAGAUGCUGGCGGAUGAACAGAGUGCUCCACAUCGCCUCCUACUGGAGCUACGCAGUGCAGCCAAAGACUUGCUGGGACACAUCAAUAUCCCCAAUAACCAGGCACAGGAUUUCCGGCUGUAUGUGCAGGAGGCGCUGGAGUUUGGGGAGAAUGUGUCCUUCCUGCUGCUCCUCCCCCCGUGUGAGGAGGUGUGUACCCCUCCAGGACAGAACAAUCCUUACUCCCCACGCUCUGGCUUCUUCACUCUUCCCCUGCAGAUCUUUGAGCUGGUUCACUUUGAGGCAUACUGUCCUAGUUUCAUUGGGAAAUACUGUCGCGUGUCUGCUUUGCUCGGGCUGGAGUCCUUGAUGUCCCAGCAGGCAUUGCGAGAGGCCUUCUCUGAGUCAGAGCUUCACACAGCCAAACAGAAACAUCAGCAGGUCCAGGAACAGCUACAGCAAAUGGAGGAGUUGUGGAGAGAAGCCCGGUGGAUGACUGACGCCCUGCAGUACGCCCGAUAUAAACAGCCCUCGGCGGGAGUGUCUUUGGGCUGGAUCAUCGACUUCUCUAAAGAGGUGGUACCAGAAAAACCGCCUUCCACAUCUUCCCAGCCUGAUUACCUCCCCUCCCCCACACCUUCCCCAGAAACCAGCCGUAAACACGCCGGUGAGUCCCCGUCCUCCUGCUCUGAUGAGGAAGGCUCGUCGGAGGUCUUCCUCACCACAGACAGUGACUAUGACUCCAGUCGGGCUCAGAGUCCACCUGAGCUGGACCUGCUUCCUUCCUCCCCCUGCUCAGCCAUCUGUGACCCACGGGGGGGCCUGACUCCCAUGGGGGGCGGUGGUGGUGGUGGGGGGAGUGGCCGUCCGGACGUGGUGCAGACUGGUGGAGGUGGUCGUAGCAUUGGGAUGGAGGCGUUUGACAGUGAUUUCAUUUUACCCAGUCGUCAGAUUGAGCUGCUGCGGAUCACUGAGAAGAGAACAGCAUUAUGCGUGCGAACCAGCAGCCUUGAGUACCCGCCCCCUGUAACCACACCCACCACCUCUCCAAGCUCCUCCCCUCACAGGCUAUGGGCACGUCCAUCCUCAGUCGACCGCUGCUGCCCUGCUCCUGAGCCCCGUCUGCGGCCAACGCGUACCCUAUCAGAGGACAGUGGAGUCCAGCGACUCUCCGCCUUGUCUCCGCCCACCCGCAGGGCGUGUCACGCCACGCUGAGAGUCUAUCCACAGUAUCGCACUGGCCUGCCCAAGGAGACCAGUGUUAAGCUUCGUGUCACGUUGGACACCUCAGCGAGGGAGAUGGUCCAGCUGGUCGUACAGGAGAUUAACGCAGUUUCCCGUCGGCUCCUGGGCGGGGCCCAGCAGUGUGCCUGCGCUGAUGAACAGUUCCAUUACUCUACCCAGGGGUGUGUUUGUCGGCCCGAGGUGUGCGUGUACGGUCCAGAGCAGCUGGAACACUUUGGCUUGGUUCUGGUGAUCGAAGGCAGAGAGAAGUGGUUACAGGACGAUUUCUGCCCGCUCCGGCUUCAGAACCCCUGGACUCGCGGAAAACUGUGUGUCCGCAUCAAAGAAUAUUCACCACUGGCCCUGCAGUACAGCAGAGCUACGACUGUAUAG